CUAAAAGCCGACUCAAAAAGCUGCGAGGAUUAUAAAAUAAACCAUAUCAUUUGCACAAAUUUGUCACAAGGCCAUUAUCUAUUGGAUACUACGGAUUUGUUUUAAUUUACCAACAAGGUAUCGAAUGGCUGAGAUAAUAGACGCUCACAAAUUAAAGCAGCGUGGUCAGAAAUAACGUGUUGCUGGGUCUCGCGCUGUUUAAGUCGAACGAUAUUUUUUAGGUCAAAUAAAGUCAUCCCAUUCAUUACUGCAGCACGCUCUGUGGAUUUACAGUAGUUAUUCGCGUCACCACGUCAACAAUGAUAAAUAUUAAUACCAGAUCAGGUAAUUUCAUAUUGACUAGUUAUAUCCGUAGUUCUACGACCUGAGUAUUUGUAUCACUCAUACAACUUCUCUACCCCGUCUACUCUCAAAACUUACGAUUGUGUCUCAAGUAAGAUUAACACAAACACUGCCCCUGUUUAUCAUCUCGAGGGCAAGUCACAUGUUAAAAAGUUGCGUCCUGAUAAUAAACGAGGUAAGUCAUUUAUAAUGAGUACUCAUGUUCCAUAAAGUUCAUCCAUAUAAAAAGCCAUGUGGGAAUUAUGCGACUAACACAACCAACCCAAAAGACAAGAUUCUGUGGCCUAUGACUUCGAACAGAUCAGACUCGUCGGAUUCCGAAGGUGUAUCUCACGAAAAUUCCUCAUCUCCAUCCCUAUCGUUUGUGUCAAGGUACUCAUCUGAAUCUACGACUCAUAACUACGAAACUAAAUCUCUUGUAAAUGAUGUUCAGUCUAUUCGAGAAACCAACACAUCUCAUCCUAGAUCACAUUCUCAUGGUCAAGCCGAACAAAUCCGAAGAUCUCGCGAAUCUAUAACAUUUGCUCUUAUUGAUGCCCAAUUAUCAAUACCACCUCUCAGUCAAGUUAGAGAUAUGUAUUUGCAAACUCGAAGUGGGUGUGGGACCUCAAACUCUACUGCACGAACUACUAAAAAAGCAAAUUUAUCUGUUGUGCAUACGGUUGUCCGAUUCAGGAUUAAGGAAUACUUAAUUGAGCUGCGCGAACAUAUACGCCGUUCGCUCGACACUUUGUUCUACAAUUUAGUUGAGAACUAUGACUCUAAGUCUAGAGAUACCUUGGCCACUGAAAUUCUUGGACUACCCAGUCGCCAAUGUUCACCUGAUUGUGACUUCUGUUCAGAUCUACUUCCAAGAAAUGAGCGCUGCCGCACUCAAAACUAUGAUUCUAAUCGUCAAAAUAAUUAUCCAUCUCAGCUGCUUGCUCAGAUAUCCAGCACUAGCCGUUCACCGAGUCCUUUAUCAACGAGACCACAAAUAUCUAUUUCAUUGCCUUCAAAUGAUACAUUUCGCUCUCAGACUCCUCCGGAUUCAACAGCAUCUUAUGUGGGUUCCGAUAAUGAUGUAUUUCCAGAUCCUGAACCUGUAGAUAGUUGUAUCAGUGAUAAUACUAAUGCACUCAUCAACACCAGGUUAAAUCAGUCUUUAUUUCUUGAUUCAUCCUCUGUGUUGGAGAGACCAUUGCCAUCCUACCAUAUCAACGUUUUCGAUUCUCGCAAUCACAAACGUGUCAGGCUAGAUAGUACAUCGCUUCGCCUCACCAAUGAAUUUGAUUAUACAGAUUGGGCUGCAGAUGAUAUUGAUUUCGGUCCGUGCGGAGAAGAGCUUGUUGAUUUACACUCUCUAGUAUUUGAUUCAAGUUCUGAUAUUCAAUCGAAGAUCGACGAGACAUCUUUUGACCCCGCAUAUGACGUCAGCGACCUAAUGCAUCACUUCACGAUGGACAAAUACCAUAGUCUUCAACUAGCUAUCAGUCCAUGAAAACAUGCUUCUUCUGUACAGAUACUAUAGUGCAUGCUUUUUUGCCUUGGCCACUGUACUUCUUAUUCUACUCGUUGAUUUUCUUCAUUCUGUCUCGACUUUGUACAUAAAUACCGAAACAAAACUCAUUUUGGUUAACUUUUGCAGAUUAUAUACUAUCCCAUUUUUUUCAUACAUUUGCCAUAUAUGUUUUGCACUCGGCUGUUGGUCGCUAUAAUGUAUAUUCUUUCAACUGAUUGAAUCAGUAGUCUUUAUCUAAUUUCGAAUAUUUCGUUUACUCAGCAGACAAAUAUAAUGCGUACAUGUUUUUGAA